AUGGAAAACUGCACCCAGAUCAAAGAGCUUAUUUUCCUUGGUCUAACCCAGAGUCAAGCAGUGAGCCUGGUGUUGUUUCUUUUCCUUCUUCUGGUGUAUGUGACAACUCUGCUGGGCAACCUCCUCAUCAUGGUCACCAUCACCUGGGAGUCCCGCCUUCACACCCCCAUGUACUUCCUGCUCCGGAAUUUAUCCAUUGCCGACAUCUGCUUUUCCUCCAUCACUGCCCCCAAGGUUCUGGUGGACCUUCUCUCUGACAGAAAGGCCAUCUCCUUCGACGGCUGCCUCACUCAGAUGUUCUUCUUCCAUCUCAUUGGAGGGGUGGAUGUGUUUUCUCUCUCAGUGAUGGCCUUCGAUCGCUAUGUGGCCAUCUCUAAGCCCCUGCACUAUGUGACCAUCAUGAGCAGAGGCCGUUGCGUUGGACUCAUAGUGGCCUCCUGGGUGGGAGGCUUUAUCCACUCAAUUGCACAGAUUAUGCUCUUGCUGACACUCCCCUUCUGUGGCCCUAAUGUUCUUGACACUUUCUAUUGUGAUGUCCCCCAGGUCAUCAAGCUCGCCUGCACAGACAUCUUUGUAAUUGAACUCCUGAUGAUUUCCAACAAUGGGCUACUCACCACGCUGUGGUUUGUCUUACUCCUGGUGUCCUACAUGGUCAUAUUAUUAUUGCUGAGAUCACAGUCAGGGGAAGGCAGGAGGAAAGCCAUCGCCACCUGCACCUCCCACAUCACUGUGGUCUCCCUGCAUUUUGUGCCCUGCAUCUAUGUCUAUGCCCGGCCCUUCACAGCCCUCCCCACGGAUAAAGCUAUUUCUGUCACCUUCACAGUCAUCUCCCCUCUGCUCAACCCCUUGAUCUACACUCUGAGGAACCAGGAGAUAAAGUCAGCCAUGAAGAGACUCAAGAAAAGAUUUGGACCCUCUGAUGUAGAACAGUAG